AUGUAUCACCACCGUGCAUUGAUCCUGCUCCUUGUUAGCGGUCUCGCCAGAGCACAGCUACCCAACCUUCCCCAAUGUUCUCUGAACUGUUUCAUCAGCGCGUUCCAAAAUGAUGGAUGCUCGCGCCUCCUCGACUUCGCCUGUCAUUGCUCGAAGCCAGAGGUGGUGCAAGUCGUGACUCCAUGCGUGCAAAAGAACUGCAAUGCUGCCGAUCAGAGCGCCGUAUCGAACGAGGUUGUCCGCCAAUGCUCCGCGGCUGGCCAUCCCAUAACCCUCCCACCCGUUGCUGGUGCCGAGACCACAACCACAUCCCAGCCCCCGGCCACUGCCCCCAACACGAGCGCACACCCCACCAACACAGGAGCGAUGACUCUUCCCACCAUCUCCUCGGCUGUGACUCCAUCCGGGCCCAAGUCCACGCCUGGAGCCUCUGGCACCGCCUCCCGCAGCUCCUCAUCGAUCAUUCAAGCAUCGUCCAGUACCCCCGGGGCUUCCUCAUCUCGGGCAUCUCCCAGCACUCCUCUUGCCACGGGGGCCGGCUCUCACGCCGAGGCUAACAUGGUAGGAGCCGCUCUUGCCGUCGCUGCGGCAGCUUACAUUCUAUAA